UGUGACGCAAUUCAACGGAAGUAGUUUUACUGCGUGGCGGAACAAAAUAAUCGCGUGUGUGUUUGUGAGCUUGUUGCUAAAAGACGAACUUGGAAUAACCAACUUACAGAAGUCAGUUGCGUCCGAGUCCGGUAUUUGUUAUGUUUAGUUACUCAAACGUUGAAGACGUAUUAUCCACUUCCAGCUAGUUCGGCGAAUUUUUUCGAAAUAUUUUGGUAAUAUCACAAGGCAGUUGUCAAGUGAAGAAGAUUCAGUAUAUUAAAUUGGAAACCAGGCGGCAUGUUGAGGCGUCCCAAGUCUGGGGACUCGGAGGCAGAUCUCCUGCGCGACCAGGAGCAGUUCCUAGCGUCCGGGGUUCCGCCUGCAGUAACGGUGGUACGUCGGCCCGAUAAGCGGAGAGGGGAUCCGGGAGUAGGAGACGGAGAGAGCCCUGAUACGGACGGAAUCAGGGAUGUGGUCACAAUAGCAGAUCUGCCAGAUGAGAUUCCUUCUCUGACCCCGACACCAUCCAAGAAGUCGCGCUUCAAGGCGAAUCGGGUGCGUUUUGAAGAUGCGGAUCCAGAAGCGGAGCUUGAUAGGUGUGACACUCAUGUCACCGCUGUUCUUUCAAAGAUCGUAGAACGGGACACCAGCACUGUUCCGGUCUCCAUACCACCUUUCACCAGUGCAGCGUUCCCCAGAGUCUUUCAUCGGUCAGAGGUGGAGGACAAGAGAAAAGGUCUGGGUCCAGGUGCACGUGGCAAAAAGAGCAUUUUUGCUCAAAAGAUUGCAGCUCAGAAAGCAAAAGAAAAGUCCCUCACUUCAUGUGACGACUCAGAGGCUCAUUGUCCAAGCCUUGGUGCUCAGGGGUCAGAUUAUCUACCUGGGGUUUCCAUGGAGACGGAAUCGCCCCAUUUAGGAUCUGAGGUACAUGAUGGAAAGGAGAUGUCUAGGCUGGUCUCUGGGCAGGGUCUAAGUCAGCAAGAUGGCUCUUCUGAAGCUCAGAAGAUCCAUGAGGAGAAUCAGGCUAAGCUUCAAAGCCUGCCUCAGAGUGAGGUCCUGGAGAUGCAGAAAACGCUGUUGGUUCAGCUAGAUCCCAGACUGGUAGACUUCGUCAGGUCUCAUAAAAGCCAGGGGCCCUCCAAGGUGACAUCAGCCCCUUCCCAGAGGGAGCAGCCUGGUGAGCAGACUGCUUCCAAGACCCUAGACCCUCUGGAGGAGGACAUGGAGCAUUUUGGGACUGAUUCUGUGCCUCUCCCUCCCAUUACAGAGCAAGACCUGCCCAUCCAGCCUAAGAAGGAGUGGCUGCACAUGAACAAACUGGAGCCAGAGAAGCUGGAGUGGAUGAGGGACCAGCCGGCGCCCAGGAAGCGGGGCACCAGGAAGGCCAUGCAGGCGCGCUUCAGUUUCGACGGGACCCUGAUCCCUCCGACGGAGGAUCUGCCUACGCACCUCGGCCUGCAUCACCAUGGAGACGAGCCAGAGCUGGCCGGCUACUCUCUGCAGGAGCUCUUCCUCCUCUGUCGCAGUCAGGUGAUCCAGCAGCGCAGCCUGGCGCUCACCACUCUUGCCCACAUCAUUGCCAAGGCUCGUGCUGGUGACUUUGCCUGCUCCGUAAGGGGCAGUGUGCUGUCCACAUUGUUGGAUGCGGGCCUGGUCUUCCUGCUGAGGUUUGCCCUGGACGACAGUGUGGAGGGAGUCAUGGCAGCGGCAGUUCACGCCCUCCGGAGCCUGCUGGUGUCCCCCGAAGACGAGGAGUCUCUUGACAGCACGUUCUCAUGGUACCUCGGAAUGUCUGCGUUUCCGCUGCUGCCCUUUGCCCAGGAAGAGGAAGAGGAAGAUGAGGGAGACGUGGACUUGGAGGACACCCCAAAGGAGACGGCUAAAGAGAAGGAGGAGAAGAAGCCCGACCACGAUGUGGCACAGGCCGACGUCGUGAAGGGCCUGCUGAAGAUGAAGCUGUUGCCCAGGCUUCGGUACAUCCUGGAGGUGGUGUGGCCGCCCCCCCGCACGGUCCUCGAUGUCCUGGAGAUCCUCAUCCGAAUUGCCCGCCACUCCCCUGCCUCCGCCACCCAGGUGCUGGACUGUCCUCGCCUGAUGGAGACGGUGAUGUCACACUUCCUGCCCUGCUCCUGGACCCCACGUGACCCCCCCACCUGCCUGCAUGGACUGCCUGUCCCGGCGGCCAUGAAGCUCCUGCGCGUGCUGGCAGGCGCCGGGAGGCAUGCCUGUGCCCGGCUGCUGAACAACCUGGGUGGACGGGAGCGCCUGUCCCGUUUUUUGUCCAUGGAGCCCUGUGAGCUGCCGCUGGCACCGGAAGAAGCCCUGCGGAUUGGCACGGAGGCACUGAGGCUGUGGGCCGUGGCCGCUGGCUAUGGACAGGCCUGUGACCUGUACAGAGACCUCUAUCCCAUCCUGGUGAAGGCCCUGCAGUCAGUCCCCAGAGCGUGGCCCCCGACGAACCCCCUCUGGCCCCUGGAGCUGCAGCGGGCACAGGCCCUGGUAACACUGCUGACCCACGUGACCCACACAGCCGGCUGCCAUCAGGACCUGCAGGCUGCCCUGGCCAGCCCAGAAGAGUCCGAGUGCCCUCCCCCUCCCGUUGUGGAAUGGAGUCAUGUGACUGGCCUGCAGCGCCCCCUCUUGGCCUCAUUGAAAGGCUGCAUAAAGACAUUGGGAGACCCCAGUCGGAGGGAGAGCUCAGUGAGCUUGUUGCCGUCUCUUCUCCUGUACCAGGGGGCCUACUACUCCCAGCUUCACCUACAGAACUCCUUCCGGCCCGUGGAGUGUCUGCAGGAGCUGGAGGCUCUCACCUCGGAUGUCCUGCUCCCGCUGCUCUCCCAUCAGGCCGUGUGCAGCUUGAUCGAUAGGCUCCGGUCCUGCUCAGCUCUGUGUAACCCACUGUCCUGUUGCCCGAGCACAGAGGCAGUGGCCAGCCUGCCCGGGUUCAGGUCUUCUGGGAGAAGGCCUGCUCUCAGCCUGGCCAGUUCCAGCUCUCCGCUUCCCUUCCUCACCGCCCUUUGUUAUCUGCUGGAAGCUGUCACCAGAAUACACAAGGGGAUCGUCCACAAGUUCUCCAGCUUGCUCCUCUCCGACCUCAUGUCCGGCUACCUGCGGGCAUGCUGCAAGGCCACACCCACCCUGACCCCCUCCAGUGCCUGGCUGCUACGCCAUGAGCACCACCUGCUGUACCUACUUCUGAAGCUGGCGCACAGGCUGAUGCCCGUCAGCCCAGAGGUGGCCAAGCAGGCCAGCCUGUACCACCAGGCUGCUCUCUCCCUGCUGCCCUGGCUGCUGCCUGGCAGUGAACACAUGGCCCACGACCUCUUUUCCUCCAUCAUCUUUAACUCGGACUUUAUGCCGGAGGGGCGCUGUGGAGGCCCUGAAGCAGCAGAUUUAUCUGACCUGCAGCUUAAGGAGGGCUGCUGUCCCUCCCAGCCUCCACUGGGCCCUCUGCUGCGGGACGCUUGUGCCCAUCUCCCCUCCCUGCGUGGCUGCUACCUCACCCACCUGGCCUACAUGGAGCCGGCGGUUCUCCGCUCCCGGAACUUGCACCUGGGCCGGACCCCUUACAUUUGGUCCUGGUUCCUUUCUGAAGCCUCAGGCCCUGCUUUGCCCGCCGACUGGCCGUUCCUGCCGCUUGUCAGCCUAUACGAGCGCGUGGGUGUGCCGGGCGGGGGAGACGUGCGUGUGGAGUCCCUCCCGCCGGCCUCGCUGGAGUCCGUCACGCACUGCCUGCAGUGGCUGCUGCUCCUGGAGAGCUGGCGGGAGAGCUGUCUGGCAGCGGUCCUGCCGGCGGCUAAGCUGGCUCGCCUCUCCUGCCUCUUCCUCUGCUCCAGCGAUCUCUUCCUGGAGCGCCCUGUACAGCGGCUGACCUGGGCACUCCUGCGGACCCUUUGCCACCCGCGCCAGUUUGCUGCACUGGAUCUGGCAGCGCCACUGCCGGGCCUGGCCUCCUUCCAUGACCUGUACUCCGCAUUACUCUCCCAGUUUGAGGCAGUGUCCUUCGGUGACCCGCUGUUCGGCUGCUUCAUCCUGCUGCCCCUGCAGCGGCGCUUUAGCGCCACCAUGCGGCUGGCGGUGUUUGGGGAGCACGUGGGGCUGCUGCGUUCCCUAGGCGUGCAGCUGCGGCAGCUUCCGGUCCCCCUGGAGGCGUUCACCUUCCCCCCGGAGGAUUCCCUCCCCCUGUUGCGGCUGUACUUCCGUUCCCUGGUGACGGGGGCCCUGCGGCAGCCCUGGUGUCCCGUGCUCUACGUGGUGGCCCUGGUCCACCUUAACUCCUUCAUCUUCUCCCUGGAACCGGUGUCACAGGAAGUGGAGGCGGCACGGCAGAGUUUGCUACGGAAGACAUAUUACCUGACAGAUGAGGCUCUGAAGAACCAUCUGCUUCUCUUCAAACUGCCCUCUCAGCAGGAUGAGCUUGGCUUCCAGAUAUACGACUGCCUGCCCCCUACCCGUGCCCGGAGGCUGGAGAGCGUGCUGGACAUGGGAAAGGGUCAAAGCGAGGGGGCUCGCCAAGGAUGUGACGGUGUCCCAUGACGCCUCUGUCCCAAGCCAUCGCAUCUCAUAAGGGUGGAGUUGUUGGACUCUUGGUCAUUAAGCAAUCAGUGACCUCUGCAGACCUGAUGGUUUUAUAGUGUCAACCCAAGCUACCCAACAGGAAUAAAUACUUUUUUUGUACAUUUA